UCCGGUACCAGCUACAGAGCUGAGUUUGCAGCAUUGGAGGCUCGACGGGUGGGGGAGCUGAAAAACCGGACUAGAAUUUCUGCUGCAGUAAUAGUUUGUUUUUUUUAUUUGCUGGUUGAUAUUAUUUGGAAAUACAUUUUGGGUGCUUUCGUUUUUAUUUAUUUAAACAAAACAGCAUUUUAGUGAGACCGUGCAAAAAGGAAAAGAGAAAAAGUUAUGUCAUGGAAGCUAUUUGGAUCUAUCAGUUUCGUCUGAUAGUGAUCGGAGACUCGACGGUGGGCAAGUCCUGCCUCCUCCGGAGAUUCACCGACGGCAAAUUCAACGAUGCGUCUGACCCCACGGUCGGCGUGGACUUCUUCGCCCGGUUGGUGGAAAUCGAGCCGGGAAAGAGGAUCAAAUUACAGCUGUGGGACACAGCGGGCCAGGAACGGUUCAGGUCUAUAACUCGAUCCUAUUACCGUAAUUCAGUUGGUGGGCUGCUUGUAUUCGACAUUACAAAUCGCAGGUCUUUUGAACAUGUCCGUGACUGGUUGGAGGAAGCAAAGAUGCAUGUUCAGCCAUUCCAAAUCAUAUUUCUUCUUGUUGGACACAAAUGUGACUUGGCGACCCAACGGAAAGUGUCAAAGGAAGAGGCAGAGAAACUUGCAGCAGUAUCGGGUAUUAAAUAUAUUGAGACCUCUGCAAAAGAUUCUACAAAUGUGGAGGAGUCUUUCACUGUUCUAACCCAGGAGAUAUACGAGCUGCUCAAAAAAGGCAACAUAUCCAUCCAAGAAGGAUGGGAAGGUGUUAAGAGUGGUGUGGUUCCUAAUGUUGUUCAUUCUUCUGAGGAAGCUGUGCAGCCUGGAAGAAGGUGCCUUUGCUAAUUAUUGGGGUUAAAGAACCCUAUAUUCCAAAGAAUUGCUUAAUGUACUUUAGCCAUUUGUGCAAGCUUACAUCAACAAAUUUACUAGGAUUCAUCCUAGACCAAGUAUAGAAUUGAUUAAAUAUAUUUCAUUGGAAAGUAAGUACCCCAAUUUGGCUACAGAGCUUCUCCAACAUGAAAUGUACAUAUUUUAUUUUCAAUAGUUGCUGACUUUAAUAGUAAGAGUGUAUUUUUUUGCACUGUAAAAUCAAGUUUUAUUUUUGGAGUGUUGCCUUACUGUAAGGCCAGCCAAUCUGUGGGGUAGGAUAAGUAAAGAUUUAAUAAAUAUGUAUAUUUGAUAUGAGCCAUUUACCCUAAACAAUGAUUUAAGUAUGGUUUUGCCCAUUUCAGAAAUGUUUGAGUAGUUUCUGGGAAUGUGAGAAGCAGAAAUUCUUAACUUUAAGUUAUUGAUUUUGUUUUUUAGAAGCAGAAUUCUUUUUUGUUCUGUGCAAUUUCUUAAUUCCCCAGCCUUUAAGUAAAGUUUAUGAAUUGUGAUUAUUUGCCAGGAUUUGGAUUGGAGCCUUUGGUGUCAUUUGUAGUUAAUAAAAUGGGAAUGGGUGACAAAUUCAAGAGUUAAAAGGAGGAGCAAAUGAAAACAAUAAAUAAGAAAUAAAUUGUACUAUUAACUGGGGCUUCAAAAGGUUGCACUGUUGUGAGUUGCUGACAACAUUUCUGGUUCAGGCAAGCCAGCAGCUUGGUUGUAUACACAAAGAUGUUGGCCUCUGUUUAGAGCCCUGCACUAGGUUCUUUUGUGGACCAAUAUUGCUUAAUGUUUAGCUUAUAUGGCAAAUUAAUGAAUGUUGGCAUGGCAAUGUGGUUGUUCAGCUUAUUGCUUUUAAUGUUACAGUUUACAGUUACAAACUGCUGCCUUUUUAUCUACUUUUGGAAAGAGGUGAGGCUGCUAUGGCUAUUGAACAAUCCUUCCAAAAUUUGCUUUUGAAAUAGAGAUGAGAAUGGAGAAUGCAGGAUGGUGGGAGCAAGUUAAAACUUGGCUCAACUGUGAGGUUUACAAAGGACUUGAAUAUUACCAGCAAUGGGCAGGUUUAAGAGUCAUCAAGUAAGCUUUUAAUCCUCCAAGAAUAUUGAGAUACCCUGCUGUUGGUCAGGCAACCUUUAUAUGCAUUUGCUCACAUCCUUGCACUUAAUUGUUGGUAAUUACUGCAAACCAAAAAAAUAGAGGCACCUUUUAAACAGUCCAGUGAUGUCUGAAAUGUAUGCAAUAUGCUGAAUUGGCUACUAACCUUUGGCACAUAUGCCUGCUCUUUUUUUCUGAAGUCUAAUGUGAAAUGCAUAUAAGCAAAUGAGUAAGUGAAUUUGCAAGUCUUGUAAAUCAAGUUGUUUGCUUAUCAGUUCUGAUUUAACUAAACCCAGCUGUGCAUUGCAAACCACUAAUUUACACAAAAAAUACACAAGAAUAGAAUUUUCUCAUGUUAAUGACAUGAAAUAUCAGGAUAUUUGUACUCUGCGUCCAAAAUUCAGUAAACCAAAUUUCACUACAUUAUCAUAUUCUGCAUUUAUUACAUAUGACCAAGAAUGGAUUUCUACCCCCAUGAUAUUUUUAAUUUACUCACAUCUUAAACGUGAUGAUUUUAAUAUUUAAAAUGUAGGCUGUGGUGAAAAUCAAAUACCCCAGUUCUCUAAUUGGUCAUUUAUAAUAGUUUUUUUGGCAAGGUGGGUUUUAUUCACCUUGUUAGGCAUCACAGAAAUUAAAAUUUUAAUGUUUUUAAAUCCAUCUCUUUUAGUAUAACGUAAAGGUCUUCACUCACCUAUGUGCUGGAGGUGUGGCUAAUGAUGAUCAUCCUAGCCAAUGAAUAUAUUCAAUAAAACCAAUUUAUAUUUGGCAUCUAAGAACAGAAAAUGCUGGAAAUACUCAAGUCAUGCAGUAUCAUUAAUGUGAGGUGUUAACGCUGUUUCUUCCACAGCUGCUGCCUGACUUGCUGGAUAUUUUGAGCAUUUAUUUCAGAUUUUUCAUUUCUUUAGUAUUAUAUUGAUACAUCUGUUGCAUUGAUAUAUCUCUAGCUAGAGUGAUUGUUAAACAAAAAGUAGCAGAUGAACAUGGCCCAAAUGUUAAACGAAGCCUCUGAUCUUUGAUUUGAACUGAAGUAUUAAUAUUAAAAUACAAACCUAAUUAGAAAUGGAUGUAAUGAUUGCUAGCUAUGUCCAAACAUUUACGCAACUUCCUUUCUGGAAGUUUUACUUUCAUUAUUCUUUUAAUUGUCACACUUUGAUGUAGCAAUCUUUAAUCUUGGCCAAUGGAACUGUUUUCAGUUGAAAAUGAAAAUCAGAAGGUAAAACCUAUGGUCCCUGCUUUUCAGACAUAAACAGUACAAAAACAUUCACCUGAGGCUUGGAAGCUAGUUGUUUAGUCAUCUUGAGGUAAGGUGGAAAUUAUUUGUGUUCAUCUCUACUAUUUUGAAAAGUAGCAAUUUAACACUUAUGAUUAUUUUAGUACAGCAAUUAUUUCAUUCAUCAAUUUCAACAGUUGUACUUAUGAAGAGGCUUAAAAGUAAGGAAUAAAUUAUUGAAUGUCAACAUAUUUAUUUUGUUCUCCAAAAUAAAUAUUGUUUUGAUUAUGUGU